AUGGGCUCGCAUGCGGCUGAGCACGACUGGACUGAAGACCUACCCCAAACCGACCAUGUACGAUUUUUCAGAGAUACGGACUGGAGCAAGAGCAAACUGGGGCCCGUGGGCACAUGGUCUUCUACGUUGCGACUCCUCACAGGCUUUGUGUUGGCCGAUUCUCGUGCAGCUUGCUUAUGGUGGGGCCCAGACCUAGUCGCCAUUUACAACGAACGCUAUGCGCCACUCGCAUGCAAAGCCCACCCCAAACUCAUGGGCUCGACCCUCCAGCAAGGCUAUCCCGAGCUCUGGACUGAGAUAAAGCCAUUCUUCGAGCGGUGCAGAAAAACAGCUGCAGGCGUGGAUUACUCUUCAGAAGCAUCACUACUAAUAGAGCGCAAAGGAUGGCGAGAAGAGACUUUCUUCAGCGGCAACUUCGUCCCAGUGGGUCCUGCGUAUGCGCCGGAGGGUUUCUACAAUUCCUUGUUUGAAGUCACUCAACAAAAGUUGGACGAUCGCCGCACAAUGCUGCUGAAUGCUCUUACUGUAGUUCCGAGCAUGACUGUCGACUCCGUCUUUGAUCAUGUCCUCGCGACCCUCAAGACGAAUGCAAACGAUGUGCCCAUGGCGCUAUUGUACAGGAUACACGAUGAUACGAAAGCAAGCAUAUUGAGCCUGGAAGGGCAGAUUGGUAUCCCAGAGGGCCACAGCCUACUUGCAGACAAUAUACUGAUUGAAGAUGAAGAAGGGCUGGCUCCUGAUCUUUUAAGCGCUGGUGUCGAGAUCCUGGCAAUCGACUGCGAUAAGCGAUUUGAUGGAGUCGACUGGCAAGGUUGGCAUGAGUGCGCAAAGAAAAUCAUCAUUCUGCCGUUGACCAACGGUGUGCGCCUCUUUGGAUACCUUGUUGUCGGAACAAACCCCUACCGACCGUACCCAGAUAUGCACUGCGAGCAAUUCCACCGAGACCUCAAGCGUAUGGUAUCAAGCUUGAUAUCAUCCGCCUUUCAUUCUGAAUCUUCCAAGAGACGCCAGGAACAAUUGGAAGCAGACUUGGCUUUCAGCGAUCUAAAGCUUCGACACCUGAUCAAUCACGCGUCAGUGGGUAUGUGCCAUGUUUCGCUCGAAGGAGACAUGUUAUGGGCGAACGAUCACUACUACGAGCUAGCUGGAAACAACGCAGCCCAACACACAGGGCCUUUUGCUUUCCUGGAUGCAUGCUAUGACAGCGACCAAUACAAGGCGGUAGGCAUCUGGGAGGAGCUUCUAGCUGGUGAGGAUCAUGUCACGGCCGAGUUGCGCAUGAAACGUCAGUAUAAGCCACCUCUUGGUGAGCCUGAGCCGGCUCACAUCCACAUCAUGGCAUUUCCUUACCGCGAGAACGGCGCGACUAAGUCUAUCAUGGCCUGUACUACUGAUAUAUCCAGGCUGAAGUGGGCGCAAAGCUUCCAGGCUCGACUGGCUGCAGAGGCACGCGAGGCCAAGCGGCAACAAGAAGCGUUCAUUGACGUUGUAUCGCACGAGAUGCGCAACCCGUUGGGCGCCAUCGUUCAUUGCGCAGAUGCCAUCACGUCUGUGAUCGAAGAAUGCCAGGCACGGCUUACAAAUAUCCCGGGGCCGUGCCUAGACGCACUGAACGAUAACAUCGCGUCAGCAAACAUUAUCCUACAGUGCGCUAACCACCAGAAACGCAUCAUCGACGAUGUUCUCACCCUUAGCAAGCUUGACUCUAUGCUACUAUCGAUCACUCCCACGCCUGUCAAGCCUGCCAAAUUAGUCACUUCGAUUGUCAACAUAUUCGAGGCCGAACUGAAAAGCAACAAAAUCGACUACAGCAUCUUCGACGACCAGUCUCUGGCAAGACUCAACAUUGAUCACCUCUUGUUAGACCCAUCUCGCGUCACGCAAGUCUUCAUUAAUCUUCUCACCAAUGCCAUCAAGUUUGUGAAGCCGUCCAGCAGCCCCCGCAUCGAGGUCCACUUCGGCGCCUGUCUCCAUAGCCCUCGCUCACUCUUCCCUCCCGACAUGUUCUGGGCCACGACUAGUAAUCUUGACAACAGUGUCACGAGCAGCCCAGAAUGGGGCAAUGGAGAAGAAGUCUAUCUCGCAUUCAGCGUUAAAGACACUGGAAUCGGUCUCAAGAACAAAGAAAUACGCAACAUCUUUGAGCGUUUUAAACAAGCAAAUGUCAAGACGCACAUCAAAUACGGUGGCAGCGGCCUUGGCCUAUUUAUCUCGAAUGACUUGACCGAGAAGCAAGGCGGAGAGAUUGGUGUCUCAUCUGUGCUCGGUGAAGGGUCGACAUUCGGGUUCUACGUAAAGACUAGAAGGGCAGAACGAAGACCGCAGACUAUGGGCGAGAUGGAUAGUGAGUUCGGCGCGAAGAAAAGGACGCAGCAAGCAUUGCAAGUGCUUCUUGUCGAGGACAAUCUCAUCAACCAGAAAGUUCUGAGCAAACAGCUCAAGAAGGCGGGUUGCGUCGUCAGUGUCGCAAACCAUGGUCUAGAGGCUCUUGGUGCACUGGAGAAAGACAAAUUCGAUGUCGUGCUCAUGGAUCUGGAAAUGCCUGUCCUUGAUGGCCUGGCUGCGAUGCGCAAGAUUCGAGAGAAAGAGAACACGGAAGAGGGGCUGCUUGGAGAAGCUAUGAAGCUGGAUGCAAGAGGGGGAGACCGGUUGCCGAUCAUUGCUGUCACAGCAAAUGUCAGGAAGGAGCAGAUCGAUACUGCCAUGGAAGCUGGCGCAGACAGAGUGAUGCAGAAGCCGUUUAAAGCCGCUGAUCUGGUCUAUAUGAUGAAGAGCCUGUUGCCACAAGUUACAACGCCGAAAAUCGACUCACCGACACCAGAUUGGACCAAGAAAGGAGACGGUCUGAUACCUUGA